GUGGCUUUCGAGAGGUUGAAAAGGAGGAUGUGGGGCCCGCCCGAGAGGAUCUCGUAUAUUAGCCGACCCCACCAUGAGUGAACGCCAGCUGUCUAUCCGCGCCACAACCGCUGACCAUCGAGACACUAAAAACCUCUUCUCCACCCCAAGAAGAGCCCAAAGAACCCAAGCCGGAUCCACCAUCAUGGCUGAAUUCCCUCGGCGUCCACCCUCAGGCAUCAACGUCAUCAUUGUAGGUGCGGGCUUCGCGGGAGUGUCAGCAGCCAUCGAAUGCGAUCGCAAAGGCCACAAGGUCACGCUUCUGGAGAAAGCCGAGAACAUCGAGGAAAUAACGCGAUUUGGCGACAUCAUCAGCUUCGAUCCCAAUGGAGCGCGGUUGUUUGAGCGAUGGCCCGGCGUUAUUGAGGCGAUGUACAAGGUCGCUCGGAAGACAACGUGGCUAGACCUGUACCAUUGGAAAGGCCAGUUCGUAACUAGGCAAAGUUUCGAAGGAGAGAAGAGCUGGGGACCUCGGAUCAACGGGCAUCGUGGAGAGCUGUAUAGCAUCAUCUAUCAGCAUGCGAAGGACCGCGGCAUCGACAUGAGGCUUGGACAAAGAGUGACGGAUUAUUUUGAGGACGAAGACAAGGCCGGGGUGGUUGUGAACGGAGAGCGAAUGGUUGCGGAUAUUGUUAUCGCAGGAGAGGGCGUUCGGUCGCGGGGGCGCAAGAUUGUGUUAGGUUUCGAUGACAAGCCGAAAUCAUCCGGUUAUGCUGUGUAUCGAUGCUGGUUCAACGGAGAUGCGAUCAAGGACAACGAGAAGAUCAAACAUCUCGUCAUGAAUGGCGAUACUCACUCUGGCUGGAUUGGUCCGGACCUGCAUUUCCUAGCUUCGUCGUUGAAAGACGGGAAAGAGUUCAACUGGGUCUUCACCCACGUGGAUGACGGAAACAUCGAGGAGAGUUGGCAGUUCCCGGGGAAGAUAGAAGACUGCUUGAAGUACGUGGAGGGCUGGGCACCUGUCGUCCAGGAGAUUGUCAGAGCAACACCUAAGGACGCUCGGCUCAUUGACCACAAGCUCGUCUUCCGAGAUCCGUUGCCGACUUUCAUAUCGCCGAAGCAUCGGAUCGUCUUGAUCGGUGACGCAGCGCAUCCUUUCCUUCCAACGUCCAUCCAAGGUGCAAGUCAGUCCAUCGAGGAUGGUGUAGUCUUGGCAUCGUGCCUGGAGCUGGCGGGCAAGAAGAAUAUUCCUUUGGCGGUUAAGGCGCACGAGAAAAUCCGAUAUGAGAGAGUUCACCAGGCGCAAGCAACGGGCGUCAAGACGAGGGAGAAGUGGCACAAGGCGAAUUGGGACGAGAUCUGGAAGACGCCGGAGGCUAUCCAUUUGACAAGAGAAGCAUGGUUGCUGAACUUCGAUUCCGAGAAGGACUGCUAUGAGCGAUAUGCCGAUGUAGCAGCGGGGUUGAGCGGCGAGCGUGCGAAGCUGUAGACCUGGCCUGCAUUCUUGUAUCCCUUCUUCGGUCGAUAGACGCUAGAUUUUCAAGAUUGCUAUGAACAGUACAGAGCUGAGUGACCAGUGAAGGGGUGUGCGCUUCGAGCACUCGGCUGGGAUGCGCCAGAAGGGAGAGGCGGACUGCUCUCAGCAGUCUCCAGUGCGCUUUUUACAGUGUGAUGCAGACUUUGAAGGUAGGAGACAGCGAUGAAGGAACGAGAGACGCUUUGUGGAUGCGUGAAUGUUGGUGGGGCUAAUGGAGAGCUGCGCGUU